CACAACUCACUGCCGACAUUAGCGUCAUUGAUUCUCGCACGCUCAUAGUCGAUAGGAUUGGGCCAAGAAAAUCUUUGUGCCGCUGGGGAACUUAUGCCCUAGUCAUGUGGGAAAUCUUUCCCACUUCGAAACCGCUAAGCUUUUCCUAAAAAUUUCUUCAUACCUGACCUUUCAAGCAAGCUGCGCGAGUUUAAGCAAAACCGUAAAGGUUUUGAACCUUUUAUAGAACCUGGUUCUUGUCGCGACAUCGUGCCAGUUCUUUCUAUCGUUGGCCGAUCUACGUGUCCAACUAUGACACGUAUAGAUGGAGCUCUUAUCUCGGCGGUAAAAUAUUUUAGACCGAAAUCCAAUCACAGCGAAGACCUUCUACUAAGCUCGAUACAUUAUAAGGUGGCUUUUGGAAUAAUUCUCGCCUGUGCGAUCCUCACUGGACUUACUUCGUGGUACUCCCCGAUUGAAUGCACUAGGCCGUCAGGCAGUGUGUUCGACAUGUCAUACGUGAGACAGAAAUGCUAUGCAUAUUCCUCGUACAUUAUUGAAGGCCCACACGCUGACGAAGGGAUCUUUCAUGGAAUUAUUAAUCGAGCUUCAAACGAGAAGAAUUCCUAUGUCUACGUUAAUUAUUACCAAUGGGUCACUCUCUGCUUGGUUAUACAAGCCGCAAGUUUUCAGGUUCCUCGCGUGUUGUGGAAAGCCUUGGAAGGCGGCCGAACCCGUAAACUCGUCGAACAGUUUAGAGAACUCGAGGCUGCUACGAACAACGUACGUGUUGAACGAAUCAUCUUGCUGGCUCAGCGACUUCAAUCUCGACGACAAAACGAGACCACUCGUUACUUCUAUAUGUUCUUGAUAUGCCAGGCCUUCUACUUUUUCAACGUUAUAAUACAGUUCUCGUUAACUCAGAACUUCCUUAACGGCCAGUUUAUCAGCUUAGUGCCGAAGUGGCUGAAAGGAAUGCCUGUGCUCAACAUCGUGUUUCCGAAGGCGGUCAAAUGCGAUCUAGAAUCAUACGGAUCUGGUGGCAGUACCGAGCAUCAGAAUGUAAUCUGUAUAUUGGCGAUAAACGUUCUCAACGAAAAAAUCUACAUUCUUCUGUGGGUCGUCUUUAUGCUGGCUUUGGUGACGGCCAUCUUGCAGUUGGUUUACGUCACCGUGAUGGCGACUUCAGAGAACUUACGCAACAACGACCUCGAAAUCCCUGAGGAAUUCAGAAAAGGCAAUACGAGCGGUAGGCCACUAGUGACUCAAGGUGAAUGGCUUUUGCUGAGAUUCCUGAAAAGCAACCUGGAUGAUAGCCGAUUAUUCGAAAACUUCAUUAGCGAAUUCAUAAAGAAUCGCAUCCAUAGAUACGUAAAUCAAAUCUAAUUGUCCUACUCGUUCAUCGUCGAUAGCGUAUUGCAAGCGUCCAUCGUAGGAAAUCGAAUUAGAGAUAGCGAAAAAUCACACAUUAGCCCAAACCCAGAACAGUAAUUAGCCCAAAUUGAUGCAACUAAACAUUUUCCACUUCGAAGGAGCGGGUAUCCAAAGAUCAACACACACAGGCACUUGUGUAUAAAUAUACGCAAACAACGCUGCAUGCAACCGCUUAGACACCAUUUUUUUUUAGAUACCAAA